GUUUGGAGGCAGCAGCAGAAAUGAUGGAAGUUUGAUCCUGUAAGCAGUGAACUUGUUCAUUUAAAACGUAGCAUGAUCGGCAAAACGGAGAGAGUGCAACUUUAAGGAAAAUAAGCAAGAGAUAUGGUGGACAAAAUACACAGGGUUGACUUUUCCAAGAAACAUUUUGGGACGACAGCAAGUGGUUUCUGUGGUGAUCUAUUGGAUGCAGAGGAGCAAGAUGAGCAGGCUGAGCAGCGCUCUUGUCUUAUCUGCGGAGACCGCGCCACAGGACUGCACUAUGGCAUUAUUUCCUGCGAGGGCUGCAAGGGCUUCUUCAAGCGCAGCAUCUGCAACAAGCGCGUCUACCGCUGCAGCCGCGACAAGAACUGCGAGAUGUCCCGCAAACAGCGCAACCGCUGCCAGUACUGCAGGCUGCUCAAGUGCCUGCAGAUGGGAAUGAACCGCAAAGCGAUCAGAGAAGAUGGCAUGCCAGGAGGCAGGAACAAAAGCAUCGGUCCUGUUCAGAUUUCAGAUGAGGAGAUUGAACGGAUUAUGUCCGGACAGGAGUUUAAGGAUGACGCCAACAUGCCGGAACACACUUGGGGAAACAACGGCGACAGUGACCACAGUUCCCCUGGCAACGGCGUCUCCGAUGGGAAUCAGCCAUCUCCUGUAUCAACACUUUCGUCCAAUCGUUCUGUGGAGCUGAAUGGCUACACCGCUGCUUUGAGGGAACAGUACAUUGGCAACGCAAUGGCCCAGCACUACCAGUUCCUGCCUCACUUGUUUGGAUACGCCACCCAGCCACGGAGUCUGUACCCCCAGAGUCAUACCCUCAUCAGCCAGCUGGUGGCAGCAGAGGAACUGGCCCCGCUGGGCACACCCAUGCUCAUUGAGGACGGGUAUCGGGUCACUCAGGUGGAGCUGUUUGCGCUAUUGUGUCGGCUGGCGGAUGAACUUCUCUUCAGACAGAUCUCCUGGAUCAAGAAGCUUCCUUUCUUCUGCGAGCUGUCCAUCGAGGACUACACGCGGCUCCUGAGCGCCACCUGGCAGGAGCUCAUCCUGCUGGCCUGCCUGACGGUCUACAGCGCCCAGGUGCUGGGCGACCUCGCCAGCGUCACUGACAAAUACACCCCGUCAGAUGACGAGCUGCAGAGUUUCAGUGAGGAUGGGAUGGAGGUGAUGGAGAAGCUGAUCUAUCUGUUCCGUAAGUUCCAUCAGAUGAAGGUCAGCAAUGAGGAAUAUGCCUGCAUGAAGGCCAUCAAUUUCCUUAACCAGGAUAUCCGCGGGCUGACCAAUGUGACCCAGUUGGAGCAGUUGAACAAACGUUAUUGGUACGUUUGUCAGGAUUACACUGAGUACAAGUACCCUCACCAGCCCAAACGCUUUCCCGAGAUCAUGAUGUGUCUGCCAGAAAUCCGCUGCAUUGCAGGGAAGUUGGUCAACAUCCCUUUGGAGCAGCUCCCCCUGCUGUUUAAGGCAGUAUUGCACUCCUGUAAGUCAAGUCUGAACAACUACAGGACAGGCUCCUCCCCUUGUGUGACAAAGGGUACCGCCCCUGCCAACUAGCUCCGCCUCCCUUGAAAACACCCUCCCCAUCUAUUGCACGGGGGCAGGGUGUUAUUCAGGGGUGGGACUCCCGGUACCUUCUUCUUUCUCCUCUCAUGAAUGUGACAAGAAACUAUUUUACGCAUUUUGUUUAGAUUAGAGUUGUUUUUUCUCUCUAUUUAUUACCAGACAGAGCUGAAUGUAUGUUGAUCCACACUGUGCACAUGCUCCUUUUCAAAUGAAAGUGCACAAAAAGCGCAGUGGAUUUCACACGCUUCAGUCCAACUGCGAUAUGUGACGUGGAACCACUGAUCGGAUUAGAUCUACUGCUUGGUUUUAUUUUAUACUUCUGUUCACUUUCUGCCUGAUAGGGACAGAUAUGUAUGAAAGGAAUUGUUUUAUUGAAAGACUACCUCAGGAAGAAAGCAUUUCACGUGCUCCCUCUCUGUUUUGUGGCCGCUAACGUCGACACUGUGUCUUGAGUUUGAGAACGUCUUGUCACUUCUUACGCAUUUGCGGUGAGGUGCAUUUCUCAAACACACGCUUGGUAGUCACGUAACCUCUUAACACACGGGUUUUUAUCUUACCAUACAAGGCCGGGAUGGAGAGCGUGAUUGUUUACACAAAAUAGAGGUGUACGGGUAUGUUUCACAAUCAUAGGCUCGGGACGAAACGACAACAGAAUGUGUCUGUUAAUAUUGUUUUUGUUGAUUUCUUUCUUUUUUUUCUUUUCUUUUUUGACCAAAGUGUUAUGCAAAUUUGGAGGGAAGUUUUCCCUGCUCUGCUCACCCUUGUUAAAAAUACGAGAGACUUCUGGGGAGAAUAGCCAUUUCGGUCAUCAAACUGCACACUCCACACGGUUUGCACUCAUUCUGGCAGUGAAAUGUGGUGUAUUGGCUUUCUUAAUUCAGAAAAAUAUUGAUUCCUUAAUUUGGAGUACUCGAUUAAGGAUGUAGAGUUUGACCUUGAAGUAUUUAUCAGCUGUAAUUGAGCAUUUGAGAGAUUCAAUCACCAUGAAUCAUUAGCAUUAGCAUUAGCAUCAGAUUUGAUUGCAAAGUUCUAAAAUAUAUCUUCCAAACUAAAAUAAAGAGAAUUUAUUAGAUGUGGAGAAAAAUGGAUUUCCUCAUGAUUUAGUUUCCUCUGGUCUGCUGCUGGUUCCUUCCCUCACAUUUUAAACAGGGUAAAAUGUUACUGUUUUUAUAACUCACUCGCAUCUCUCUCAAAUACAGCAAUGCUGAUGUACUUGUAGGUUUAGUAGUUUGUAGUAUUUUGGGCAUUGUAGGUCCUUUUAGAUGUUUUUUUUUGUUUUGUUUGUUUUAAUGAGACUGGGGAGGGGGAAGUAUUGUUUUGAAGAGUAUUUUGUUUUGGUUUUGAGUAUUACUGUAAACCUGAUUAGAGGAAAAAAACAUGACUGAGAUGCUAGCUAGUCAGGUUAUGACAAGCCAUCUGAUGCCUUGUUGUUUUUUAGCUAGACGUCAGUGGAUGUGCUCGCUGUAACUCUCAUCAUUUCAGACAUUCCAAACACAUUUGAUAUGUGUCGUAAUGUUUACAUAUUUGCACCAGACAAUGACAAAGGGGCUCAUACCAAAGACGCACGUUCAGUCUGCUAACGCCCAUCUCAAGUGCAGCUAAACCUUGGUGGCGUUGUGUUGUUUUGGUGGACGCUACACAUCUGUCCGUAUGGUGUGUCCUUUAUCUUAAACGUUUCAUCCAUCCCACACCGCAUUCGUUUGUCCCUUCAUUUGUUGCCGUUUCAUUUUGUACGUCGUUUACUUUGGUAGAUAUCAUGCAUGUUUUCUUUUUUCGCGAGGGCUUGUUUUGGAGUGUGAACUAGCUAAAUGUCAGACUAAACUCUUGAUACGGUGGAAGUGUUUGUUACAGGUAAAAGGUCCAAACACACCGACUUGGUCUUCGAAAGAACGCAUUUGUAAGCCAUCGCCAAUGUCAGAAUAGACUCGAAGGUGGAGAUUUAUCGCAAAUGAAGCUGCUUUAAACACCAGCCUUCCUCAAUUGAGUUUCUCAGACCUGCAUUCUUGUUUCCAGCUUGGUCUCUCAGGAAUACCCCCCUUUUUUUUUAACCCGUUUUGUUAAUCUGGCUUUUGAGGGAAGCUUUUGAAUCUCGUAGCAGACCUGUAAAAGAGCCACACUCUCCAUCUAGGUCUUUGAUUUCUGUCGUUCCUUCAUAUUCAACAAAGUGUCAUCUUUUGUUUCUUUUUAUACAUUUUUCAUUGAAACUACCUCUUUUGUGUGUCAUCAUCAUGUAGCGUGCUUUCAUUUAAGGAAAGUAUUGAUCGUUAUUUAUUGGUUUCAAAGCACCCAGUUUCUUUGAUCCUCUCAUAUGCCAUUCUGGAAACUUCAGAGAUUGAGAUAAUAGUUUUCAUCAAUCAUAUUCCAUCAUUGUCUUAAAAUGAUUCCUAAAAUAAUGCCUGAUAGACAUGAGAUGGUGCAUAUUUACCUCACUCUUCAACGAAGACCAUUUCUCAGUGCAAUUAUAACGUGUGAAAUGAACAGUAUUAUAUUCCUAGUUGUAAACACUGUUUGUGAAUCGUUUUCAUGAAGAAUGUAUUUUUUUGGUCUAUAUGACUUUAUUAUUAUUUCUCAACUGUUUACAAGUUUUUUUGUCAGUCGAUUGUAAUCAUGUUAAUGCUUUGACACUUUUCAGCCAAUCGGAUUUCUUUCUUGAUUGUUACGGGUAUGCUGAUUGGUUAUUGAAAGACUAUCAAAGUGCUGUCAGUUUUACAUAGCUAGGGAACUUAUUUUAGUCUUUUACCAGUUCUCUUUGGGAUUCUUCUUGGUCCAGUGGCAAUCUUAUUAGAAGAAACAUUGGUGAAUGUUGGGGCUAACCAUACAGAGCCAGACGAGAGGUUUUAAAACAUGGGUGAUAUCUCAGGGAAUAGACACACUUCUGAAAUCCCCCAAACAACACUAGUACAUGCUAAAUGAACUCCUGUCUGUUUGUAUUUGUCUCUGCAUUAGGCAUUUUUGGGAGUGUUGUCUGAGGUGCUUUUCCUAUCCCGUGUUACAAACCUCUUCUUCUGCUUCUCUGACUUUUACUACCUGUGAAGAAUGUGACCCAUGUGUGUUAUAAAAGCAUGUUUAGAAUGUUUUAGGACUUGAAACCAAAUAAAUGUGAAUCUUAUGCAACUGUGAAA